AAACAUAAUUUGUUUUUCAAUCUGAAAAGUCGCCCUUUCCUGAUUGUUCCUGAAAAAAAAACUAAAUUUUCUGUUGGUUUUUGCUACGUUUCAUACGAGUUGAAGAUGUCCGCGGGAACGCAGAGCUCCGCCAUCGAUCCGGACGAUACGAUGAAGAUUCUGAUUGCCAGCGACGUCCACCUGGGGUACAACGAGAAGGAUGUUAUUCGAGGUGAGGACAGCUUCAUCGCGUUCGAGGAGGUGCUCCAGCAUGCGCUGGAGAAUGACGUUGAUGCGGUCAUCUUGGGCGGGGACCUGUUUCACAUUGCCAAUCCGUCCACGAACACGCUGAACCGGUGCACGAGGUUGCUCAAGACGUACAUGUUGGGGGAUAAGCCGAUCAAGCUGGAGUUUCUGAGCGAUCAGAACGAGAAUUUUUUGGAGUCGACGGUGAAUUACGAGGAUCCGAACAUGAACAUUGCGAUUCCGGUGUUUUCCAUCCACGGCAAUCAUGACGAUCCGAGCGGGUUUGGCCGGAUUAGUUCGCUGGAUUUGUUGAGCACGAAUGGAUACGUGAACUACUUUGGCAAGUGGACUGAUUUGACCAAGAUUAACAUUAGUCCGAUUUUGCUGAAGAAGGGUGAAACCAAGCUUGCGCUUUACGGGUUGAGCUACAUCAGCGAUGCCCGACUGGCGCGACUCUUCAACGAGGCCAAGGUGUUUCUGGAGAAGCCGGAGGACGCCGGGUGGUUCAACAUUAUGGUUCUGCACCAGAACCGAGCCGAUCGGGGCCCGAAGAACUAUCUGCCGGAGAAGUCGUUGCCGGGUUUCCUGGACCUGGUCAUCUGGGGUCACGAACACGACUGCCGCAUCAUUCCGGAGGAGAACCCGGCGAAGAAGUUCUACGUCAGUCAGCCCGGCUCGACGGUGGCCACUUCCCUGGCGGAGGGCGAGUCCAUCGACAAGUGCUGCGGCAUUUUGAGCAUUCACAAGAGUCUGUUCCGGCUGGACCCGAUCAAGCUGCAGACGGUUCGUCCGUUUGUGUUUGAGACGGUCAAUUUGGCGGAGUUCGCGGACGUGUUGCAGCUGGACGAGGGAGACGUUCAGCAGAAGGUGCAGAACUUUGCGGCGGAGAAGGUCGAGGAGAUGAUUGAGAGGGCGAAGGGAAAGCUGACCGGGAAUCAGAAGCAGCCAAAGUUGCCGUUGAUUCGGCUAAGGAUUGAAGUUACCGAGGUGGAGCAGCAGUUCAAUGCGAUCCGGUUCGGACAGGGCUACAGUGGCCGGGUUGCGAACCCUCAGGACAUGGUCACGUUUAAGCGGAAGAUUACCCGGGUGAAGGACGAGUUGAAACCGCUGGACAAGGAUGCGCUGAACGAAGCUUACCAGAAUCAGCGAGAAGCGACGGCGAAGCGUGCUGAAGAGGUCGUCCAUCGGUACUUCAAGGAGGCCGAUCCGGACAAGCAGCUGGAGGUGCUGUCGGCGAAGAGUAUGACCGAACUGACCCGCCGAAUGGUCGACUACGAGGACGACGACGCAGCCGAGAACAUUAUCAAGUUCUACGAACGCCAAGCGAUGGCCCACCUGGACGCAGUCGCCGACGCCAUCAACGAGGACAACAUCGACGAGGUGCUGGCCGGAUUUCACGAGAAGGAAAAGGACACCUACAACGACAUGCUCAAAAUGUUGGACUCUCGCAGUCAGAAGCGCGGAGAUCCAAACCCUCCGCGCGGUUCCUUCGAUGACGACGACGACGACUUUGGGCUCAAACCAAAGUCCCGCAACAACUCCACGUCAAGUUCGAUGGCGGCGCCACCAGCGCCGACGACGACCCGAGGAGGUCGCGGAAGUCGCGGAGGAAGGGGAUCGAGAGCGGCGGCUAAUUCGAGCACUACGGGUCGGGGAAGAGGGAGUCGCGGAGGUCGUGGGGCGUCGACCAGCAAGAUUGACUCGUUCCUGGUUAGUGCAGCGUCGCCAGCGAAGACAAGCACCCGUGCGAGCGGACGGAACAUUUCCAAAGUGGUUUACAUCUCGGACGAGGAUGACGAUUAGUGUCACUUUGUCACGUUGAAAUUUGUUACAUUCCUUUUGUUUUGGAACCAGUGUGAAAUUGUUGGCUCUCUUAUCUCUCAGAAAUAAAGAACGGUACAUAUUAUCGACUAU